AUGCAACUCAUUCUAUUAUUUUAUGUGUUCACUGUCGCACUCGGUUAUUCUCCAAGUGGUACUUAUGCACCGAGCUCUAUUCAAUGUCCAUCAGGAAAUUUAGUCAGGCCGGCUGAUUCAAUUUCACCUGAAGAACAAGAAUGGUUAAAUGGAAGAGUUCCUAUUGCUCAAGCCAACCUUAUUACAUUCUUACAAAAAGUCAAUUUAGAAGACUUUGAUGCUGAAAGCUUUGUUACAAAUGCAAAGAAGAAUAUCACCAUCGGAACUGCGUUCUCAGGAGGGGGUUAUAGAGCCAUGUUCGCAGGUGCUGGUCAAUUGGCUGCAUUGGAUAGUAGAAAUUACGGAGCUGAUGAAGCUGGAUUGGGUGGCCUUCUUCAAGCAUCUACUUAUCUUGUGGGAUUAUCAGGAGGGAAUUGGCUAGUUGGUACUGUCGCAAUGAACAACUUUAUGUCUAUUGACUCUAUUUUAGCAAACAGUAAACUUUGGGAUAUAACAUACACGAUGUUUGCCCCAGGUGGAUGGAACUUUAUUAAAACACAAUUUUAUUGGGCUUCCAUCAAUUUAUCUCUCUUGGCAAAGCAGCUUGCUUUGUUUAGAAUUUCAAUUACUGAUAUUUGGGGUAGAGCAUUGUCAUUUCAAAUGUUUGGGACCUUCAACAACGGUGGAGAUAGUAUUACUUGGUCUCAAAUCACGGACGACGAAGAAUUUUCUAGCUUUAAUGCACCUUAUCCUAUUGUCGUUGCUGAUGGAAGGGUUCCUGGAACAUUAAUUAUUAAUGAUAACUCUACUAUUUUUGAAAUAACUCCACAUGAGUUAGGUUCAUGGGACCCAUCAUUAUAUCUGUUCACUAAAACGAAAUAUCUUGGUACUAAGACAAAUAAUGGUGUCCCAAGUAAUGGAAAAUGUAUUGGAGGGUUUGACAAUGCAGGAUUUAUCAUUGGAACUUCAUCUUCUCUUUUUAAUCAAGUAGCUCUUUACCUUUCGAGUUGGACAAGCUGGGUAAGUUACUUAGGAUUAGCCGGAACCAUAAUAAGUCAAAUUGAGAAUCAUGUUCUUGCAAAUAUUGACGUUGAUACUUCUCUUUACAAGCCUAACCCAUUUUAUGGUACAAAAUAUGGUGAUAGUUAUUCAAUAUUAAACGAUGAUACUUUGUUUCUCGUCGACGGAGGUGAAGAUUUACAAAAUGUCCCACUUGCACCCUUAAUUCAACCACAAAGAGGGUUAGAUAUCAUUUUCGCUUAUGAUAACUCUGCCGAUACGUCCGUUAACUGGCCCAAUGGAGCUUCACUUGUUGCAACUUUCCAAAGACAAUUUUCACAUCAAGGAAAUGCAACGUUUUUCCCCUACGUGCCUGAUGUUAACUCAUUUAGAAAUUUAGACUUGACAGCUAAGCCCGCAUUUUUUGGAUGUGAUGCAAACGCAUUGAAAGCAUUGGUCGGUCCCAACGUGAACACAUCUUCCAGCAACUUUCAGUUAUAUACUAAUGAUUCAUCAAUUGAAUCUGUUUAUGACAUUCCUUUAAUUGUUUAUACUGCUAACAGACCAUUCUCAUAUUAUUCGAAUACUUCAACAUUCAAAUUGGACUAUUCCACUACUGAAAAGCUAGGAAUGAUCAAAAAUGGAUUUGAAACAGCUACAAGGUUGAAUUCUACUUUAGAUCUGGAGUGGGGUGCUUGUGUUGGAUGUGCAAUCAUUAGAAGAGAGCAAGAAAGGCAAGGUGUAGAUCAGUCCGAUCAAUGUAAAAAAUGCUUUGAAAGAUACUGCUGGAACGGCGAAACAGAUACAUCUACUCCAGGAGAUAACUUUAGCUUGACUUCUCAAACAGUCGCAGAUGAUGGAAGUAUUCUGCCAGCAUACCCAAAUUCAUUCAAGUAA